AUGGUACCCAGUUACACUUUGUUAGUUGAAGUGAGAGAUAUGGCAGGUCAGCCUUUUGGUUUGUGCAGUACAGGAACAGCUGUCAUUAAAAUCGAAGAUACAAAUGACAACGCACCAUCCUUUAAACAGAUACAAUAUGAAACACGAGUGGAGGAAAACAGAGUGAAUGUAGAAAUACUGAGAAUCUCUGUUACUGAUGCUGAUGAACCUCGUUCGCCUAGCUCAGGAGCAGUGUUUGAAAUUAUAAGAGGAAAUGAUGAUCGGUCCUUUGAAAUUACAACAGACAGAAACACAAAUGAAGGAAUACUGUGUGUUGUUAAGGGACUGGACUAUGAAAGCGCCAAGCAAAGGAUCCUCGUGAUUGCAGUCAACAACGAGGCACCCUACAUGCUGGCACCCCAUUCACAACAACUUUCCCAGAGCACCUGCUCUGUUACAGUGAAUGUCCUGGAUAUGGAUGAGGGGCCAGUGUUUAAGCCCUGUGUUUUACGCCUUGAUGUUAAAGAAUGUGAGGAUAUUGGGACAAGUAUUGGGAGAUACCUAGCAGAAGAUCCAGAAACUGGAAAUAGUGAAGGCAUAUGCUACCGGAUACCACCUGGCCAGUGUAAUUGGAUCAGCAUAGAUGAAAAAUCGGGUGAAGUCAGAACCAUUAAAGUCUUGGACCGAGAUGUAGGAGAAAUGAGACGAGGCGAAUGCAAUAUCACAGUCCUCGCAAUAGACAGAAAUGGUAAAACAGGCACUGGAACAAUUCAGGUUUUCAUCCGGCCUGGGAACAAGAAUUACCCACGAAUCCUUAAAACUGAGUACAUAAUGUGCAGAGACAGAAAACCGAUCUGCCUUACUGCAGAGGACAGUGAUGAGUCUCCUUACAGUGCACCCUUCGUGUAUCGCAUCACUGACCGUAACUUGGCUUCCUCAUGGAAGAUAAGUCGACACAACGAUAAUUCUGUGUAUCUUUCACCAAAGGGUGAUAUUCCAUUUGGAACAUACAGUAUUCCUGUAAGUGUGACUGAUAAUGGAGGAAAGGUAGGAGAGCACUACAUAAAAGUUAACUACUGUGAUUGCGUUACUCCAACCGAAUGCAUUGAGGAGCCCCGUGUCCUUCGUAGCGGAAAUGUUACCCUUGGCGUAUGGGCCAUCCUUGCCAUGAUCUUAGGAUCACUAUUAUUGCUGCUAAUCCUGAUCACGAUUUGCGGCUGCUGUGGCUCUGGGGUAAUGCACAGGCAGGUGACUGAUGAUUGUGCCAAUCACAACUUAAUCAUUUCAAAUACAGAAGCUCCAGGAGAAGAAGUGAUGGAUCACAAUAUAAUUCCUCUACAAACUGCAAAUGAUCAUGGAGGAUAUGGAAUAAAAACUGGGGAACAGCAAACAUUCGAAAUGGCAAAAGGAAGAGGGCAUACCCUGGAAUCAGUCAAGGGAUGUGGACAUCAGACUCUGGGAUCAGUCAGAGAAGGAGGAGGACAGAAUAUGAUGGAUACGUGUAGAUACUCCUACUCAGAAUGGCAUAAUUUCACACAUCCUCGUUUAGGUGAAAAGGUGCACCUAUGCAGACAGGAUGAAGAACAGAAGCAUUCUGAAGAUUAUCUCCUUUCAUAUAACUAUGAAGGAAAAGGAUCCUUGGCUGGCUCUGUAGGCUGCUGCAGUGAUCAGCAGGAGGAAGAGGCACUUGACUUCUUAGAUCAGCUGGAACCCAAGUUUAGGACAUUAGCAGAAACAUGCGUAAAAAGAUAA